AAAAGUCAAAAUUGGUUGUCAAACUUCUAACCUAACAAAAGGCAAAAUAAGCCGUUUCAUCGCUCGCAAACAAAACGAAGGGUGUCCACUUUUUACUUUUUCCAUUUAUUAUUAUAAAUUAGUGAAUUUAAAAAUUAUAAGAAAUGAGUUCUAUCGGUACAGGGUACGAUCUUUCGGCAUCACAAUUUUCGCCUGAUGGUCGGGUCUAUCAAAUUGAGUACGCUGGUAAAGCGGUAGAAAUGAGUGGAACGGUCAUUGGAAUGCGUGGAAAAGAUGGUAUUGUUUUGGCCGUAGAAAAAAUUGUAACCAGUGCUUUGUAUGAGGAUGACGCAGCUACACGUAUAUUUACUGUAGACAAAAACAUUGGUAUUGCUAUUGCUGGUCUUUUAGCUGAUGGGAGAUAUAUAGUGGACAUCGCUCGACAAGAGGCCGCUAAUUUCCGUCAACAAUUCGAACGUACAAUACCUUUGAAACAAUUAACUGAACGUGUAUCAGCUUAUGUGCAUGCCUAUACGUUGUACAGCGCAGUGCGCCCAUUUGGUGUGUCUGUUAUAUUGGCCUCAUGGGACGAGGAGCAAGGACCACAACUAUAUAAAAUCGAACCUUCUGGUACUUCAUUCGGGUAUUUUGCCUGUGCUAGUGGCAAGGCCGAACAGCAAGCUAAAACAGAGAUGGAGAAAUUAAAAUUUGCGGAGAUGAGUGUGGACGAUUUGGUUCAGAAUGCGGGCAAGAUCAUUUAUUUGGUACAUGAUGAGCUCCGAAACAAAGAUUUCCAUUUCGAAAUGAGUCUGGUCAGCAAAGAAACAAAAGGGCUACAUCGUUUAAAUCCCCAGCCAUGGUACGAUCAGGCAGUUCAAAGUGGUCUAGCGGCAAAGAAUGAGGACGAUAGUGAUAAUGAAAUAUAAGAUAUUUUUUAUUUAAUUCUAAAUCUCUAUAUAAUAACUAAUCUAUUUGAUUUGGUUUCAAAUAUUUAAUAAAAAAAUUAAAUCUCGAGCACACGAGAAAUAAA